AUGGAUUUUCAAAACCGCGCCGGAGGAAAAACGGGCUCGGGUGGUGUAGCUUCGUGGUCAGAAUCGAAUAGAGACCGUCGAGAACGUCUGCGACAGCUUGCUUUAGAAACAAUCGAUCUCAACAAGGUAAAUAUAUUUCAUAGUUUACGUCGUUGGUUCACAAUGUGUGCACGAGCUUGUUUUAACUCGCGUGCAUGGCCCACGAUAGGACUUGCACGCGUACAUUAGCAAAAAUCUAUGAGCAUAUGGUAUGAAGAGCUCUCGACUUUACGGUUUUCGGCUUCAUUAUUUUUGGUAUACACAUACAUGUUCAACGUAUUUUCAACUUUACUAUUUCCAAGUUAUUUUGAAAGUUUACCACAAGGUAACAAUAUAACGAUGUGAUUUUUGUCGAGGUUUUCAUUAAUACAGUUACUGAUGGUAUUUUCAAGAUUAUUUUAUUUUAAGGAGUGAUGUUGAACUUAUAUCCUUUUUGAUUUUCAGGAUCCCUAUUUUAUGAAAAAUCAUCUUGGUUCUUAUGAAUGCAAAUUAUGUCUUACUCUUCACAACAAUGAGGUAAGGUGUUUAGCUACGAAGUAACUUAUGUUACCUUGUUCACGAAUCGAUGAUACUUUAAUCAAGGGAAAGCUACGGAAAUUUUUUCUUUGGAGUAAAUUUCCAGUGAAAAUAAUUUCACAUCUGUCUUAUUUGGAUGUUUUAAAUGACCAGAUAUAGUUAUAAUAAUUAAGAUCAAAUGCAAAUUCCACCGCCAAAUAUUGAGAGUUCAUAAAAUUAAUUCUGUACCUCAGUAAAUAAAAUAAAGUGACUACACAAGUUCUGGUGCUACAGUUUGUCUUGCUUGCAUUUAUCUGCUGAAAAGUGAUUCACCUGAAAAAUAGCAAACUGUACCGAAUGGAAAAGUAAUCUAUCCAUCAUCACUACACUCUGAGUAACCCUGAUUUAUGCAUUGAUUGUCAUUUUUUAUUUUUUUAAAGGGAAGCUAUCUUGCCCAUACCCAAGGAAAAAAACAUCAGUCAAAUCUGUAAGGAGUCAUGUUAAUCAUAAUAACUAGAAAUCACAUUAUCCUAAUACUGGAAGACAUUACAUAGUGAAACUGAACCAAUUGUUGGUGCAUAUGAGCAAUAACUAGUGUAGGUACAUGUAGGAUGCAGGAAGAAUGAAAGUCUGCCUUGCUAAUUGAAUAAAUAGCUGACAUACUGUACAUGUAGAAAUACAUCCAGAUUAACAAUUCUUAGAAUAACAUUUAUGACUUAACACCAUAGGGCUCGUCGAGCUGCUAAAGAAGCAAAGGAGGCCCCAGCUCAACCAGCACCUGUGAGUACCUAAUGUUGUGACACUUAAUAAGAGUCAGCAUGUAAUUUUCUCAUAACUGAGUCGUCCAUGAUCAAUCCUUAAACUCCCAAGAUCUGAUUGUUGACUCUCCUCUCUAGCUGAUGCACAUUCCAUUGUAAAUUGGUUACAAGAAUUUGAUCUUAGAUCAAGAUAACAACUUCUACCUGAUAAGUUUGAAAUCCUCAAUACCUGUUAGCUGGAUAAUGUAUAGAUAUAGUCAUUUCCAGGAGUAUAAGGGUUAAAAUACUACGUCUCAGGCAGUUUUGUUAUAUUUGGUUUUAGGUAUCAUUUACUUUUACCUUAGAUAAAUUUGAUGUGGAUUUUGACCAUCUUUUUUAUCCUGAUGUGUUUAUGUUUCAAUUGUUUUAUGCAAACAUGCAAGCUGCCACAUGUAAACUGUAAUUCAUCCUAAAACUUCAUUUUAGACUAAAUCUGUGCUCUCAAGAUGGUGAUUUCCUUGUUUAUCUAGGCCCUUAUAGUUAUUUAGGACAUCCAUUGCUCUCCUUUUUUUUUUGGUAAUUGUUCGUCAAACUAGGAAAGGGGUGCUUGGGUACAAAGAAAAGUUGUUGUUUCAAGAAAAAAAGGCAUUUUGUUUAAAGUUUGUAAAUUACCUUUUAAUUUUUUUACAGGAAAAACCAAGAGUAUCUGUUAAAAAGUUUGUUAAAAUUGGUCGUCCUGGCUACAAAGGUAUUAGAAUAUGUUUAUGUUAAAGUUUUAAAGAUUUGGCUGGAUUUAUUUUUUUUUUUUUUAAAAACAAGUUGUAGUUUUGGUUAGGAGCUCUAGCAAUGUUUUGUGGAUGAAGGAAAAUUCAAAUUAAACAAAUUCAAAAUCUUUUUAUCUUUUGCUAACACCUUGCUGUAUUGUUCUUUUCCUUUCCUGUAAUAAGUUACAAAGCAGAGAGAUCCCGACACUGGACAGCACAGUUUACUCUUUCAGGUAAUAUGUGUGUACCUUUGUGGACAUACUUUCAUUGCCACUGUAAACAAUGAAAGGUUUAUUUAAUAUCUGAUGCAUCAAAGAAACCGCCAAGAAUGCCACUAAGUCAGUGUACAAAUUGAAAAUAAAAUAAAAUACUAGCACAGAGAGAUUUGAUCAGACAAUUAUUUUAUUAAUUGUUUCAUUCUACACAAUUUUUCCUUGAGCAUUUUCACACUGGUUUAUACCACUCUGUGGUGUAUUUUCAGACAAAAAUAAUGCAUUAUAAAGCAUGUGAGGGCCUGUAAAAUGAAAAACUGUAUGGGAAUGUGGGGGGGGGAGGGGGUGGUGAGAUGGGAAGUGAACUCACAAACCCACAGCCCUUUUAAGGGUUAUGGCCUUUGGUGCACUGAUGUUAUAUGACAAUAUCAACCAUUUUUAUCAAAACUUGUUUACAUUGGUUAAAUUUGACUGAAAAAACUCCAAAAUAUCUCAAGGUGUUUAAAUCUCGCUUCAUAAGUUUGCUCAAAAGCUUCCAAACAGUCAUAGACAGCUCCAGAUUGAUGGUAACCAUCCAAUAUCACAUAAUACUAAACACCUUCAACAGGCAGUCUACAAGAAAAAUACAAGAUAACUUCCUAUAUGCACGUUUUCUCAAAUUUUGACACUAUAUGUGAACCAGGCUUAAGAUCCGAACCUUUCUUUGCCUGGCUGAGCCAGAUUCUAUUUUUUUCCAUUGGCACAUCACUUUUUGACUUGCAGUUGCUUUAAGUAAUUGCAUUGUAACUACAUGAUCUUUGUGUAAAAAUUUUUCUUCUGCUUGCUGUUGAAAACAAAGCUGUUUCCUGCCUCCAAAUGCUGAAUGCAAUUUAAGUGUUUACAAUUUCUUUUUUUUAUUUUAACUGAGUGAACUUGAAAAUGUAUUCAGCAGUGAAUUCCUUAAGUGUUAUUUAUUGGUGGAAUCCCAGGAAUAUUCCCUUCAUUACUGAUGCAUUCAACCACUAUGUUUAAAUAAUAUAAUCGAAUUAAAUCAAUCAGCCAAUGAAUUUUAAGAAGACUUCUAGUAACUUGUAGUCAUGGAUGUUUUCCAGGUGGAUUACCCAGAGAUAGCAGAAGGCAUCACUCCAAGACACCGUUUCAUGUCAGCCUAUGAACAGAGAAUUGAACCUCCUGACAAGGCGUGGCAGUAUCUCCUGUUUGCAGCAGAGCCGUAUGAAACAAUAGCAUUCAAGGUGAUUAAUUGUUUUAGCCUUUUGAUGAUCUCUCUGUUUAACUUUACAUCAUGUAAACUAAGGUCCACCCUCACCCACAAAAUUAUGCUUCAUGAUUGGUCAAUCAUCAGUUAAAUUCUUUUUGGACAAUGGGUCAAAUAGAGAUUUUGAAUUGUUUUAUGGAUAUUAAAUUUUUUUCAUCACAGAUUCCAAGUCGGGAAAUUGACAAAGAUGAAGGGAGACUUUGGACUGAAUGGAAUAAAGACACAAAACAGGUCAGAACUUAUUCAGCAUGUAAUUAUUAUGGGAGGAGAUAUCAUAUUAAGAUUAAAUUACAUGUAUCUAUGAACUGUAAUACACUGUAACACCAAUACUGUAGUUCAUAAAAAUGUGCAAUCUAAGAAUUAGGAGACAUUAAUCAAAUGGUAGUAGCAAGAAAAGGAAAAGGCAUAGCUAGAGGGCAGGUUAUACCACCUGGGGGCAUAGUUGGGACUCAUCUUAAGAUACAUGUGACCCUUACUUAUGUUAAGAAAUACUGAUGAUUUGUCAUUAUGAAAAGAUCUGGUAUUCCUCCAAAUACCAGCAUUGGAAACAACUCUCCCCCCCUCCUCCUCUCUUUCCCCCCCCCCUUUGCAGAAAAUCCUGCUUACACCCCUCAGACUGUUAUCAAUACUGGACUUCACUGCCUUAAGUUUGAAACUCAAUUUACUGUAAAGAUAUUAAAGUUAGGUUAGAUUAGUGGAAGUUUAGCUCUUCCACAUGGCUGAUGGCAAAUGAGGGUGAAAAGUAAAUCUACGAAAGCUGAGUAAGUUGUGUUGUCUGGUUCAUGAGACCCAUCUUCCAUUCAUUGGGGUUUGUUUCCAUUUUAAGUUAACAACAAGUUUGGUCCUGCAAAAAAAAUAUUAUCAAUGAACUCUAUUGUACAUUAGACCUAGGAAUUUUGUAGCCAAGGGGUUUUCAUUUUAGGGUUUCCUGUAUGGUUUAACAUUAAAGUUAACACUCUGUUCUCGUUUCUUACAGUUUUUCCUUCAGUUUCAUUUCCGGUUGACUCCCAUUCAAAUUCAACAGCAACAGCAGAAGAGAAGUGUCAAUCAGCCAGGUGUGCCACCAGGUUUAGCCCCACCUCCUCCGAGGAACAUUCCAUCUGCCAAUCCACUCAACCCAUUUGCUCAGCGCUGAUAAGUUAUGUUGUUUAUGUUAACUUUUUAGGACCAUGCUUUCUUUUUGACACUUUGAGUUUGACUAAAGAGUAAAAUUGAUUUAGGAGACUCUUAAAUACUAUCAUAAUAAAGUGGAAUUUACAACUUGG